AUGGCAGACGAAGUCAAACACGCCGCCAGCGCGCGGGACGAUGUGGUGGACGACAAAGAGCAGCUCACCGUCAAUGCGGCUGGCACAGUUGUCGACCAUGGUCUUCACCGUCAGCUCAAGCAACGGCAGAUGAACAUGAUAGCGCUUGGUGGUGUCAUCGGAGCAAGUAUCUGGUACGGGGUCGGCGCACUGGUCUGCUUCAUCAUCAUGGGCAUAAACAUUUUCUUUGUAAUGCAGUGCAUUGGGGAGCUGGCGACUCUUUAUCCCUCCGCUGGAGCAUUCACAGAACACUGUGGGCGCUUCGUCGACGGCUCAGUUGCCGUGUCGCUCGGCUGGAACUACUGGUACCUCUGGGCGAUAAACCUGGCGGCCGAAUACAAUCUCAUAGCAGUCGUGCUUGGCUACUGGACGGACAAAGUGCCUGACUACGGCUGGAUCUUGAUGGCCUGGGCUUUCUAUCAGGGAAUUGGGCUUCUGGGAAUCAUUGUCUUCGGUGAGGUCGAGUUCUGGCUGGCUCUCAUAAAGAUCGUGUUUGUCUUGGUCACCUUUCUGCUCAGCAUACUUUGCAAUACUGGAGCCAUCGGAGGCGACUACGUCGGUUUCAGGUAUUGGUCGAAUCCUGGUCCAGUGAUCAACGGUAUCAAUGGCUUUGGCAAGUCGUUCGUCCUUUCUGCUGUGUACUACAGCGGAACAGAGCUUGUUGCCAUCACUGCUGGUGAGAGCAGGAAUCCGCAUCGAGCCGUACCAUCAGCGAUCAGGAAGACCUUGUAUCGAGUUGUCUUCAUAUAUUGGGGGAUCAUGUUCUUCGCAUCAAUUGCUGUCAGUGCAAGAGACGAAGACCUUCUCACUGGUACAAGCCGCGCUGGGGCGUCACCUUUCGCCAUCAUGCUUCAACAUGCAGGCUGGAAACACGGCCCUGAUCUGAUCAACGCUUUCAUAUUCAUUGCUACUUUCAGCGCCUCAAAUUCCUCGAUCUAUAUCGCCUCCCGAACCCUCAAAGCCUUGGCCGAUCAAAGGAGAGCGCCGAAUAUACGCUCCAUAGCAUCGAAUCUCGUUGGCCUCAUCGGCCUCACGACUAUCUCGGAAGGUGGUGGGAAGGUCUUUGGCUAUCUGACCACCUUGAUCGGGGCCGGAAGCCUCAUUGCAUGGUCUUUGAUCGGGAUAACGCACCUUCGGUUUCGAAAGGCAUGGCGUCUGCAGGGCUUCACCGAGAAAGACCUGCCAUUCAAAGCCUUUCUCUAUCCUUACGGGACUUGGAUAGUUGCAAUCUUCAACCCGUUCUUGGUCAUUAUUCAGGGAUACGCCACUCUGCUCACGCCAUGGAGUCCCGUGGACUUCGUCUUCUCCUACGUGAUCCUGGUUCUCUUUGUGGUUCUGACGGUAUUCUGGAAGCUGUAUCACAAGACCAAGCUGGUUGACUUGGCUACGGUCAAUCUGCAUGAAGGGAGGAGAGAGGUGCUUGCCCAAGACGAUGACGAAGAGCGACCGGGCCUCACUCGCCGAGCGAUGAACGCUGUGCGUAGUCGUCUCUCCAGCUCCUAG